ACAUCGAUCGGAUCAAGCUCUGCCUCUGCAUCGCCGAAGGGUAGGUGGUGGGUCCACGUCAGCAGCAAGUUUUGAACGGCCGAAGGCGAAGAAGAAGAGGGAUUGUUUUCUUGAAAAAACAAAAGAAAACUACCCGAAGGAAAAAAAAAAAGGAAAAAGAAAAGAAAAGGGAAAUAAAAAAGCCAUGUCGCGGGGGGCGAGCAUUGCUGAAGUGACGGCCGAGUUCGCCUCGCGCAAUUUCGAGUUCCAAGAUCGGCCGACUGCAAGCGAGAUUACAGCGCUCGGGUUGAGAGUCGGAUUUGAUGCCAAGGAUCUAGCAGCCACAUGGGAGCUAUUUUACCUAAACAGGCAACUAGACACGAACGUGGUCAAGAACGAACAUGUGGAGAGUUUUAAGCCAUUUUUGGAAAGUGAGCGAAAAGCGCGGGAGCGCAAACGAGCCAAAGAGUUCCACGUGUUCGCUAAACCUGACAUCGACGAUAUCUGGGACACAGGGGAGCUCAGGAAUGGCGCGGCGGCGAUGACUCCUGUAUCGAAGAUGGAGACGGACAUCCCUGAGGCGAGUAUGGAGGGAGGUGGAGGUGGUGCAAAUGUACUCAUGACAGCUCCGAUGGGGAAAGAUGGGACACCAACAGGAAGUACCAGUGUGGUGUUGAGCACGCCGGGAUCGUCCACGGCCAAGCUGAUACCUGCUAAGAGAGCACUUGAUGGGGUUUUCGCCUUGGGAGGAGGAGGAGGAGGAGGAGGAGGUGUUACUCUACCACCUCGAACGCCUGCAACCCCUUUCAGCAAGAGACAGAAUAGACUCUCUGUCGCGAUUGCGCUUAAUGAGCAUCUGAGGCCAUCAAGUAAGGAGAGAAAGGAUGGUGAUGAUCCCAUGAAGGAGGAGGAGCAGGAAGAGGAGAAAGACGAUGGAGUUGUCAGGAGAAGAAGAAGAACGAAAGAUCCGGCGAUGGCGAUGGGAACUCUCCAUCCGUGUACCGUGGAGGCGGUCGGUCCCUCAGUCGAUGGACAAUCUCGAUACAUGUUUGAUUCCAUAGAUAACAGGAUCGAGGCUCUGGACGGACGGGUCAGAAAAUUUGCAGAGGAUCUUCAACUUCUCGGAUUCGGCAUUCCCGAGAGAGUGUUCCGUGCCUCGCAGGAACCUGGUCUCUAUGUCGGUCGGAUUUGCUGCGAUGGAGAAGGGAGGUUGAACCCCCGCUCGGUCCUUCUUGAGGGCAACGGCGAUUCCGAGCAAUCGAACGGCCACAGAGUGAAGGUUGAUCUACGGGAGAUUGACAGCUUCUCCAUCUUCCCGGGUCAGAUCGUCGGGAUCGAGGGUCGCAAUCCGAGUGGGCAUUGCUUGGUGGCCUCCCGCAUAAUUCAAUCCCUGCCCCCGCUGACGUGGACUCCUGGUCCCGAUCGGGACGAAGCGGAAUUGUCGGGAACGCUAGAGGGAGAGACGGGGAGGAGGAGAAGGACGACGACGGGGGAAGGGAGGAGUGGGAGUCAUGAUGGUACCAGUGGCGGAAACGACACGAAUGGGAAUGGCCACUACUCUCAUCACUCCUCUUUGCUGCCGCCACGUGGAGGCCAUCCUCAUCAUUAUCAUCAUCAUCGUCAUCAUCAUCAUCACCCCAGCCCCAGCGAAGAGGGGGCGAUGAUGGCUAGUAGUAGCAUGAUCAGCGUGAGGAGGGGAUCGGGAUCGGGAUUGGGAUCGGCAUCUUCUCGUAGUAGGAGGCGUCAAGAAGGACAGAACGUCACCGUCGGCGCUAACGACAAGAAGAAGCUGCUGUUGACGUCAUCGUCGCAGCAGCCGAUCUCGAUCGUCGUCGCGUCGGGACCCUUCUCCACGUCGGACAACUUGCUCUAUGAACCGUUGGAUGACCUUCUCGAGUACGCGAUCCAGACCAGGCCCAACCUACUCCUCUUGUCGGGACCGUUCGUCGACUCCGACCACCCAUCGAUCAAGGCGGGAGAAGUGGAUAUGCUUUUCGAGCACGUGUUCCAGAGAGAGCUUCGAACACGUGUCGAGCGGUACUGCGAUAAGAUGGGGGAGAACGCGCACGUGGCGCUGGUGCCAUCCACGCGAGACGCUCAUCACGACGUCGUGUUUCCGCAGCCGCCCUUCUCGUCCGACGACUUCGAAGAUCCCGACCGCCAGAUCACCUUCCUAUCCAAUCCAGGCAUUGUGGUCUGUGACGACGUGACGAUCGGGAUCGGGACGCACGACAUUCUGCGGCAUCUGAGUGGAGAGGAAGCGUCGCGCAUCAGAGAGGGCGACACGUCGGACCGAAUGGCCAGGCUGGCAACGCACAUCAUCGGACAGCGGAGCUUCUACCCGUUAUUCCCGCCCGCGCUAGGAUCUGUGAUGGACAUGACGAUGGCCCCAGAGGCACUGGAACUGGCGUUCACACCAGACAUUCUGAUACUACCGUCGGAUUUGCUGCACUUCGCGAAGAUUUUGACGUGUGCCGUGCCACGUGUCCUCUCAUCAGCGGGCCCUAAUCAGGCCGGAAGCAGCGUUGAUCAGCGCAACGGACAGGAUUCGAAAUCGGACGAAAAAUCCACGGCGAUCAGGACCACAACGACGACCAGUGGCGGGGAAGCACUGGCCCAUCAGACAUCAUCAUCAUCUUCUAAUGUUAGUGGACUAAUAAGAAGAAUCGCAGGCAGCAGCAGCAGUAUCAGUAGCCAGGGAGAAGAGGCAAAGAGAGAGGUGAAGGUGGGUGCCGAGCAGGGAGAUGGAGGCGUACUUCUUGUCGCUAAAGGCGGCGAUAACAAUGGCGGCAAUAUGGAUAAUCAAGGGAGGGAGAGAGAGAGGGAGGAGGAGGAGGAGGAGUACCCAUCAGAGGUCAAAUUGAUAUGUAUUAAUCCUGGCCGUCUUGUCAAGGGAAGGUUUGGUGGCACUUUCGCAAGGAUAGAGAUUUACCCCGAGGGGUAUCCUUCGGUCUCGUCCAAAGAAUUGCAGGAAAGGACAAAAGUUGAGAUCUUGAGGAUAUAAUACAAUACAAAAUCAAGAUCCGUUGUUGUC